AUCUUCUGGAACAUUGAUUAAACCCCAUUCUAGUUCUAUAUACAUAACUUAUUGUCCUUUUUAAUUUAUUAGCUUCUAUAUUUAUCGGUUUCUUGGUCUCUCUGUCUUCCAUGACAAUGUCUUACGCCGACGCCGCUGCCAAGGGCCCUAAGCAAAGUCCAGAUCAGGCUCGCGCCCCGGAACCACCUCAGAUUCAGGAAAAAGAGUCCGCGAGCACGGCCUCCCUGGUUGACAUCGAUGCUCCACACGUCACAACCGUGGAGUCAGAUUUCAAAGAGAAGGAUAUCAAGACGACCACGCAAGCUGAGAGGUUAGAGCGCGAAGAGGAAAGAAGGAAGGCAGAAGAUCGGAAGAAGAAAUCCAAGACCAAGGACAAAUGCGGUGUCCUCCUCCGCAACAAGAGUAACCCUGUUGUUGUCGUGAAUGCUCUUCUGGCCGCUUUGGCGGGUGGAGCUUUGGGAUGCGGCGCAUACAGGAAACAUCUCGAAGGCAAGGUCUCAUGGCAGCUUGUCGGUUUAUGGUCGGGAGCUAUUGGUGCUUUGGGCGUGGUGGACUACUAUGUUAGCAAAUGGUUUGUCCAGAACAAAUACCCCCUCAAGGAAUAAAUCAAUUGUGGGAUUGAGAUGGCUUCCGGAGGAAAGAACUCGGCCUGGUUUAUUUGUGCUUCAGUUCCUGCUGUAUUAUACCAUUCCCAGCUCUUCGAUUUCAUGUUGUAUUCUUUGGAGUCGGAAGCAGAUGCCGGUCUUGCCUGAUUCCCUGUCCAGGUGUAAGCUGUAUUUGAUGAUGGUCUGUCGAUGCCAUGCAAUUUCAACAGAAGUAGUUGGAUAAUGAUCUGGUUCGAGUAUGCUGUUAAGAUAUUAUCAC